AUGGCCCAUGGAGUAGACGAUGUCGUUGACUAUGACCCUUUGCCCGUACGACACCCCUCAUCGGAUCCAGUCUAUGGCCUAUCCGGGAAUGACAUUGUUUGGACGUGCCUUUCUGGGUAUCUUCUUGUCGAGAAGAGCUCUUGUACCGUUCAAAACCGAACCGGGUGGACCUGGGGCUGGGGGUUUGAUGUCCACAACCAAGAAUCAGGGAAGAAGUUCUGGCUCUGCAAGAUCUGCCACAUUCGCAAGAAACAAAACACCAUAUUUGCUACGGAAGGGACGUGGAAUCAGCAGAAGCAUAUUAUCCGAGUUCAUCACCAUGACAAGGACGGCUCUAUUACACGGAAAAGCAAGCGGCUAACUAUAUUAGACAUAUAUAAGUUUGACGCUAACAGAGUAUCGGAACAGCGAGCUCUAAACGGGGUCGUCUCGUCUUUUUCGGCCGAACGAUUCCGGGAACUGCUUCUAGCAUGGGCUGUUCACGAUGGCAUUGAGUUCCGAAAGCUAGAGAGCAAGCAUUUCAAGGCUAUGUUGGGUUACGCGCACGCAGCAACCACUCUGCCGGGUGUUGUGUCAGCAUUGUAG